AGCCAAUCUCGACCUUCUUCCUCACGGACAUUAACUGGGUCCUACUCAUGCCGCUAUCCUCUUUCAAGCGGUAGGCGGGCCACUGCUUGAUUGACAGCUUACAACCUGCUUGUCUUUUUCUUCCAUUCCUAUUGUUCAGAAGUGUCUCAGUGCCAUUCCAUCAUGUCGUACCCAUCACCCUCAGCCUCCAACCCAUCACUCGCUACAUCGGCCUAUAUGGUCUCCUCUGUAGACAGCAUCUCCGACGAUGAAGUCGCCUCUCUUCCCUCAGAAUCUACCUCUGCCUCGGACCUAGAUACCUUCUCAGACGACUACUCUGACGCCGAGGAGGAAUGGCGAGAAAGCAUUGAGCAGCUGGAGCUCCUCCUGACUAUGGUCGUCGUGCCCUUCAUGGGGAAGUACCUGGGGAGGAAGUGUGCCUAUUGGAGUUGGACCAGGUUCAUGGAGUGGAAAUACCCUGUUGAAGUUGUCGUCAAAGACCAGGCGGCAUUCAAGGGAGCAGGCGCCGUUGCAGCCCUUGCUUCGCUAUGAUUCGGACCAAGCCGUAUGCAUCAUCCUAUACUAGAGUUCCUUGGCGUCGAUAGACAUAUACAUGGCAACUGUACCAUCACAUUCCGCCGGCCUUAGCUCUUUCUUGUUUCAGGUAAAAGCAACUCGUGCUUACAGUUCGUAUGGUUGGACGGUCUUGGAAGAUGCAGCUCUGUGCUGUCUAGUCUGUGUAUGCAACCACAAAUCCGGCGUGUCAGUGCUGGUUGUUCCACGGUGCCAAGGGACAGGUACGCUUUUUUGGAACAAGCAGCUGGUUAUCUGGUGGUAUGUUGGGUGAGCAUUCCAAAGAUGGUUCCAGUUGAGCAGCGUUUCAGCAUAAUUUGUGAUACAAUUAUACCCAAUCAAACUUCAGUGCAUAUACAUAAAAUCUGAUCCAGGCGUGUUUUCGGGUUUGAAUCUUAUAAAAUCGGAGGGACGCUUUGGGAGACUCGCGGCAGUUCACGAAAAUUCAAUUCAUCUUCAAUAUUUACUAUCUUCUUGUUGACCUGUCCUUGAUGGACGGUGCUCAGACCCAAUUUC